UAGUACCACGGAAUCCGUUGUCCCGAUCGCUUGGCACAAUCUAAAUAUCUACCCACGUCAGAGGUGAUCGUGCAAAACAAUAACAAAUCACGUAAAUAAAUAGAUGCGGUAGUGGCAGUGUGAUAUUCCUUAGCAAGCUAUGAAGCUGAGUCAUGGAAAUGACGCAUUUUUGAACAUGUGCCGCGUAAACCUCGUGACGGGUGUUUGAAGGUUGUAAAUCGGAGUUUAUUGGACGCCGGCACCAGUGAGAUUCCAGUGAUCCUCUCUGCACCAUUCCAACUCAACUGGAAUGGCCAGUGCAGGUCUGGAGGUGAAGGAAACAGGCCGCGCCCUGAGGUUCCAAACCGAGUCGCCACAUCUUGUUUCUAUGGGCAGUGGUCGUCUCUCAACAGCUGUAACCCUUCAUCCAUUGCCAGAAGGUCGCGUAAUAUUGGGAUCGGAUAGAAAUGCUGAUAUACCAGUGUCAGGUACGGGUGUUGAGGCAGUGCAUUGUGCUAUCGAGAAUAAUAACGGAGUGGUCAUUCUUCACCCCAUAAAUGGAAAUACAACCAUCGACGGCAGCGUUACAAACUCAUCCGUGAGACUGGCACAAGGUUGCAUGAUAUCAAUCGGCCGCUCCAACUACAUGCGUUUCAAUCACCCAGCAGAAGCAAAACACCUGAAAGCAGUUCUGCCAAACUCAAGAAUAUCAAUGGCGCCAAUAAGUUUCUCGCUGCUUCCUGAGAACACUGACCUCGAGCGAAAGCCCCCAGUAGUUCCCAGGAAAUCGCCCCGAAAUUCUUGUUCAGACGAAGAGGUGGGCUUCCUAGGUAAACUAACGAAAUUCGAAAUGCUGGCACGUCAAAGUCGUAACUGCGUAUCUCCAAAAGUCUUCCCAGCCGGUUCGCUCACCACAAACGUACCAGCCGACCAGAUUCUCGGUCAUUCAAGGUCCUCCAGUCUGAUAUCACUGAGCAAAAGUCACAACUCACCACUGCAGAACCUCACGAAUUUCGAUAGAAGCAGAUCCAACACACCGAAUCACAUUGGUAGUCCCGGUGGUCAUUUGGGUCCCGGGGAUAAGCCCAAAAAUAGGAUUGAAAGUAGAACACCAAGUCGAUCGAAUACACCUAACAACAGCUAUCACACAUCAACGCCAAAUCACAAUCAGAUUCAAGUCUACAGCUCGACGGAGGCAUACCUGAAGACUUCCACACCUAAUUACAUCGAAAACGAUGAAAAUUACGAAUCACUGGCUAAAUUUCAUGGUAACAGUGUUGAUCUCAUGUCGAGGAGUCUAACUUGCCCGAGGUCCAGUGAUUACGAUAAGUUUGGACGUGAGUUUGAUAUGAGCCAGAGUCUCAUUGUAGCCAAAACUACUACAACCGAGUAUCUUCAAGUUGAGCAGUAUGGAUCCAAUCCAAACUUGUGCAGACCCAGUGUACAUUGUACUAAUGGAUCUUUCAAUAGUCCACACGGUUGUGGACCCAAUUUUCCCACAAAUUUCAAUGCCAAGAGAAUUCAACCACCGAGCCCUGCCUUUAAUCGCAAUCCCAGGUACUGUGACCAGAAGAGACUCCACGGAAGGGUUAAGAGCCCUACACCCAGUGUUGGCAGUGGGUGUUCACUCGAGGAACUCAGAGAGAGGCAGAUUGAUGCCGAGAAUAAAAGAAAGGAGGCUGAGUGCAGGAGGAAAUUGGCGCAGGAGGAGAGAGUCAAAGAGCAGGAAAUUGAGAAACAGGAAAAAAUGCGAUUAGAGGAGAUUUUAGCAAUGUGUGCUGAGUACGAGAGGCAGAGUGCUGGGGAGAAACCUAGACAGCCAAAUAGGAUUAAAACCAAUGGAUCACUGCCACGUGACAAGAGACCAGGCUACAAUUCUCCGUACAGCCCGAAAAGUCCGUCAAGCCACCAGCCCCAAUUUUCCUUUGAAUCGCCAAAACACUCGCCCCCAAAUCGCCUUUUCCAUCAAAACGGAAGUAUUCCAAAUAACAUACGUGCCUUACCCGACCCGCCAUCAUCGCCCAAUAACAAUCGAUGGUCGAUUAGUCCCACAAACAGUCAUCACGGCUUCUCCACCUCGAUAUCCCAAGCUCGAGGCCUCAACCACGAGAACGUCAAGAUGCAAAAUGGAGAGACUGACAAACAAACCGAAUUGCCGAAUCAAUCGACCUUCAGUACUAUACAACUGAAUGGUACGAGAAUAGCGAGUAAUUCAGUGCCUAAUUACGAGAAUAUAUCAGUUAAUGGUAGUAAUAGCAUUUACGAAAAUGUUGUAUCACCCCAAAACAACAAUCACAACAACACACUGAAGAGAAAUGGUCAUUUAACGAGUUCCUGUGAAGUUAUCGAGAAUAAACUAGCAAUAUCGAAUGAUGACUUGCUCGAGGCUAUCGAGCAGUUAUCAAUCCUAUCGAAAUCCAAAGACAACUGUGUCACACCAAAAAAAAAUAAUACUGAAAGAGAUAAUGCUAAAUCGAAUGAGGCAAAGGCUGAUAAAGAACGUAGAGAGCUCGAGGAGGAGGACAAGAAGAAAUACAUUGAGUUCUUGCAAAAUGAGAAAGUUCACAUUCUUGGGAAUAUGGAAAUGCUGAAACGCAGUAUCGCUGACAUUGAGAUUCAGGAGGAAGAAAUAAGCAGAGAGCUUGAAUUGGAGAAAGCACUGCUGUCAGCCGAGUACGAGUCCGAAUCCUUGAAACUCACUACUGAUGAGGCCGAGAAAAUCAGUUUGCAGAUGAGAAUUAAUGACCUUGAACGAGAAAUGGCAGAUGAUACUGCAAGCCAGGCUAAUCUCCAGGCCGAAGCCAAAAGACGAGUGGAUCGAUCCCAGGAAUUGUGCGACAGACUGGAAGAAGAUCUCAAGUAUUGUGAGGAUGAUAGUAAACAGCACGAGAUUGCGGAAAAAUUGAAUGCACAGCAGGAAAUCCUUGAGACUGAGCGAAAAACCUUCGAGGAUCUCGAGUUUCAUCAUUUAGAGGAAGAAGCCAGUAAAUUGGCAACGAGAGAGGAAUUGCAGAGAUAUUUGAGUGAACUUUCCAACAAGAUUGAAGCAAGGAGAUCACAACUGAAUCAUCUUGAGUCUCAGAGGAGUGUUGCAAAAGCCACAGCUACUAAGGAAUCUAGAACCCUUGAGAGGCAGAAGCUCGGGCAUAUGCGAAGACUGGAGGAAGGUCGUAACAGAAUACGUGCCAUUGAUGACGAAUUGGAGAAAUUGACGAGAAAUACAGCUGAUAAUCCCGAGGACAAGCGCUCCCCAAGUCGAGAGGAUUUCGAUAGAAUUUCCAGGGUCACGACCGACUCACCAAUUGUUAAUAAUCAAGGCAGCUUGGGGAGGAAGACUAUUGAGUCAUUGAAGGAGAUAGAGAGGAAUCGCCAGCUGCAUCUGGCCAAACAGGGGAGUCAGGUGAUAUCGGAGGAAAGACGCAGGGUUGAGGAAUUGAAGAGAAGGGUGCAGGACGAAGUCAGGUCUCAGUGGGAAGAGAGAAAACUCAACUGUGCGUCUUUCAACAGCGUGGAGUCUGGUGAGGAGUCUUCGAGUUACUCCACUGGACCAACCGAAAGUGGUAGCGGCAGUAGCGAUGGGGCUGACACGGCCGCCAGUGAAAAAAUGUCACCCAGUAAAUUGUCCGAAUUCACAUCACCAAGUCCUGGACCUUCGACCAACUCCUAUUCGCUUCUGCAGAGUGAAAAUCAGAUGCGAGAUGAUAGGAGAAGCUCAAUGGAGGGUGAAAGACUCAGUGGGACUAGUGUUGGGCUAGCCGAUGGCAGUGGAAGUCGCCCACUUUCACAAACCUCCUCUGAAAUGGACAGUGUGCGCUCUCUGCAGACUGUUAAACAUCGAGAUAAGCCAAAGCUCCAGCGUCCACUGACGAGAUAUCUCCCGAUAAAAUCAGAAUCCCUGGAUCUGAGACAUCAUAUUGAAACUGCUGGGCAUCAGCUCCCUCUCAUCCAUGAUGUCACUGUCGACACGACAACGUGCGCCGGAUAUUUGUCGAAGAUGAGCAAGAAGUUCCAUCACUGGAACAAGCGCUGGUUUGUCUUCGACAGAAAACGCAAGACUCUAUCAUACUUCAGUGAUAGCCACUCCAAGAAGGCUCGAGGGCUUAUUUACUUCCAGUCAAUUGAGGAAGUUUAUGUGGAUCACAUGAACACAGUGCGCUCUCCCCAGCCAUCUCUAACGUUCAUAAUAAAGACGUCAACACGAUUGUACCAUCUCAUGGCUCCAAGUCCAGAGGCAAUGAGAGUUUGGGUGGACGUUGUCUUCACUGGUGCCGAGGGAUACCACGAGUUCGAUCAUGGCGUUUGACAGGGACCAACGACUGCUCCAUUCACAGCAGGAUCUCUCUACAGGACCACUAAGGACUCACCUUUGUGCCUGAAGAAUUUAAUCUUCAAAUUCUUCGAUUGAAUUUAUUUGAAAAAUGGAAAUUCCUCCAAAGAGCAGUUGAUCACCGCAACGCGUUUCUCCCACAAAUUUUCGAGAUGCGGACUGUCUUCGGUGUUUCACUUUGUUGACGUACAAUAUUUUACUCAUUGACGAUGAAAUCUUUGCACGUAUACUACACAAGCAUAUGGUGCCAAUUUAUUUGAUAAGAAAAUUGGAGAAAGCACGGAAAGUCUUGUUACGCGCGUAUUAUAUUGACACUACUAUUUUCUAAUAGAUAAUUAAGCCUAGUAUACGUUGAAUCGUAGAGAAUUUUAAUCUAGUCUUCCAACAAGUAAUUUUGAUGCAGUUGGUAUCGACGAGAAGACAACACUGUCCGAUUUCUCGGAACUUUUAUGGCGUAUACUGAAACUGUAUGGAAAACUGGAAUGAACCAGAAGAGAAUUUCAUAUUGGAAUUUGUGAUGAUGAAGACGGAUUUUGACAGAAAUGAGGCUCGCAUGAUUAUGAGAAAACGUUUAAUUUUAUACAUAUGAUGCAAUAUGUAUGCGCAUUCUGUACUGUUCGAUCGAGUUUUAAUGAGAUUGAUUGAUUAAUUCGUACGUCGUUUGAGGACUUUAAGACCAAUAAACGUUAUUAUCAUUUCUACAGAAAA